GAUGAGAAGCUGAACUGUUGAAUCGUUGGGUCUGUGGCAAAGCAUUCUUAAAGGAGCCCUAUGAGCAGUCUGUCCAUGCACGGUGGUGAGAGCACUGUGACAUGGAAUGGAGAGUGUCACACUGGCAGAUUUUCUCCAGGCAGUUGCCACGUGUGACAGAAACACAGGAGGUGGCAACUGUGUUUCCUGGGGGGUCUGUGGUGCAAAAGAGACUUCUCUCUCCCUUAAUAGCUUGAGUAUUGAUUAUCUGAAGGGUGGUAAUUUGAUCAAGAAUCCCAGGUGAUGUUUCAUGGUGGGUGUUUUGGAAAUUAGGAGGAGGAGGGGUGUGUUUUAAAAGGUCUUCAUCCUGAAUUUAGUCUGUGUGUCUUGUGUAGUAGUAGUUUAAUAAAGUUUUUUUUUCCUUUGUUAUUAAGCUUGGGCCUGCUCUGCUCUGUUCCUGAUACCAUCUCACAGCAUUUAUUUGGGAAGGUGUAUUUUCAUGGGGGCGCUGGCAUUGCACCAGUGUCAAACCAUAACAACUACUCACCACCAGUUCAUCAGAAUUUAAUCUUUGAACAGCUAAGGAUGCCAGACAAAUUAGUCCACCAUAUAAUACUGUCGCACUUGAAUUCAUAAAGUGUAUGAGACAACGGGGGAACAACCCUGUUUUUUCUAGUCUAUGACUUUAAAAUACUCAUGACUGCAAUACUGUGGAUAUGACUCUUCUGCAUAGCAAACUGGUUACUCAUAGCUACAGUGUUGUAGACUCUUCUGCAUAGCAAAUGCAUUUUAGACAAGCACUAAACCUAAGAGGUUUGGCACUAACAAAAAGAUUAGUGAAAUACUGAUCAUCAAUAACAACCCUCAUUCUCCAUGGUGGGAUAUUAUCAUGAUUCCAAUAUAAUAAAAAAGAGCUGUGUAUGCACUGAUUUCUGUUUAGCAGAUCAAUAUUGCAAAGUGAGUAUACUUAGCCAAGCUGAACUCUAAAUAUAGACUGAGAGGGGCAGUCUGUUUCACAGCUAUCUUUAUGGGUACUGCAGGACUCGACAGGUUCCUAUGGGACUAGAAGCAGAGAGAGGAACUGCAGAACAAGUUUUCUUCACAUGAUUUUCACUGUCUGAUUUCUUCCAUACUGGCACAUUACUGAAUGUAAUUAUGUUGUAAGUAAUGUUUCAUUCUCAUAUUUGUUAACCUUUUAGAUUUUAUUUCCUUUUUUUUUUCUGUGAACAAUUCUCAAUGUAUUCUCAUUCUAAGGGUUUUUUUACCACAAUGACUUAGGAAGUUUAAAAGUUGCAUUGGGGAAAAAAGUCUUUAGGCAAGGUUAAAGUAAAAUAUAAAGUGAAUCCAAAGGUCCCAAUGUUUAGAUUGAUUUGUUGGGAAAAUAAUCAAUAUUUUUAUCCAAUGACGCUGAUGUUUGUAUCCUUUCUUCUUUGGCAUAUCAAUGGAAUCAAACAAAUGUACUAUAAACUUUUUUGAAUUAAUAAUGGUAAUCCUCACUGUGUUUACAUGUGCAAAUACUUAAAUAAUAUGUGCAGAAACAUGGAAUUCAUAAUACUAAUAAAUCAAAGGUACUCACAUUUAUUGCAGCUCAAGUAGUUAAGAAGAGUGUUCCCUGAAGCUGCAGGGAGGUAUUAAUCAAAAUAGAGGAACAACUGCUCUUCAGAAUCUAAAAAUAACCAACAGCCUUUGUGCAUGAAGUGGUGACUUUUGGCACGCAGUUCAAACACAGGGCUCCAUAAUGACUGUGUUGGCUGAGGAUGUGCAUGUGGGGAGACAGCAGAGCCAGCUCUGGGGGGGACGUGGCUCACAGACUGUGCUGCUUAGUGCCAUGUCAUGCUCUAGAGGAAGGACAGCGGGCACAGCCAUCUGUCCUGAAGUUCCUGCUGCACACCUAAAAAUCAUAUACUAGGUAAGGUUAACCCCUAUCAUGCCAGCUUUUCUACAUUUUCUUUGUACUUUAAAGGAGCACUUCUGGACAGAGAAAAGAGUAAGUUGUAAUCUUUUCUUAUGGGCUGUUAAAAAGAAAUAUGAAAGCAUCCAUGUCGUCCUGCCAGUCUCAACUAGCAGGAGAGCAAGCCUUGUUGUCAGGGUUGCUUUCAGUACUUAGUCUUUAGACUUACCGAGGCUCAUUGAAUGUCUAUUUUACAGUGUGCUCAGAUUUGGGGGAAUUAUAGUGAACUUCUGCAUUUGGUUUCAUGAGGGAAGGAGUGAAGAUUUUCUGCAAACAGUUAGGGUUCAAAUUUUAGGUUUUUAAUUUAAGUGUUUUAUUAGGAAUCUGGUCGCACUCUGUUCUGUAUUCCUUGGAGAGGAAGAAAAGGCUCAGAAGCAUGUCAUGUCAAGAGGACAGUUAAUCCAUCUAGGAUUCAGAAAUCACCCUUAGGUGAUUAACGCAUGUCAUCAAGGGAGGUUUGCAUCCCACAAAGUGCUGAUUUAUAUUGGCAGAUAAAAUUGAACUUGGGAGCUUAACUUAAUAUUAUAAAAUAUUAAAUAGGUAAGAUGCAUUCUAUUCCAAAUUUAAACUAAUCUGUGGGGGCUCCUUCCUUAAAUUCACUAGCAAGAAAAAUAUACAUUUAGGCUGUGAUGCUAAGGUGAGAAAGGAGUAUCUUAGAAUAAGAGGGAUAAUACCUGGAGGAAUAUAUUUUUCUUCAAUAAUUACAAAGGGAGUUUUCAGUGACAAUUGUAGACAAACAUGCCUACUUAGAGUGUCUGCAUCUCCUUAUGGCUAGAAGUGUAAUUUGUUUCUAGAAGACAUUUUUGCAGUCAGAGUAGUGUAAAGAAAAGCCAAAGACUGAUAAGGAAUAAUGUGCAAUACAUGGAAGCCACCUCCCUAGGUACUGUUUAUUUUCUAUAUAUAAUCUUCUUUCAAAACUGUAGUUAUGUUAAGAAUCAUUCACUGAAUUCAUGCACCCAGACUCUGCAGAGAAACUGUUUUUACUAAUUGAACUUAAUCUAGUGCCUUUUUUAAAGCAAGGGGUACUAGUCUGAAGAAGUAGACGUGUGAAGUAGAUUACAUUUUUUCACAAAUAAUAACUUCACAGUGAUAUUCUAAGGUGUAUAAACAGAUACGUACUUUUGUUGCUUAUCUCCUACGUUCAUACCUGCUUUCCCUGUUUUAUCUCCCAUUUACUUGAUGCUGAAAGAAGAGGACCUGAGUGACAUCCUUUCUGGAAAUAUUAGUGAAGGUUUGGCUUUCACUGUGAGAGAAUGGAGAGACCUGCUUUGGAAUUUAACCUGCCUGAUACUCAUGAAGAAGGAAAACUUUAUGUAGUUGAUUCCCUAAACAACCUAAACAAGCUAAAUGUUUGUCCAGCUGAAUCCCAACGUUCACUAGAUGAGGAAGAGAACACUGGUGGUACUGGAGAAAGUAUGGCAGGGAGCAAUGCAAGAAACCAGUGUUUGUUCUUCGUCACCUUUAUUCUUACUUUGACCAUCAGUUUGGCACUUGUUUCAUUUGUAAUAUUCUUAAUAUUUCAAACUAGAAAUGAGGUGGACCAAAUAUCAAGCAGACUACUAUCUGAAAAGAAGAACAUAGAAGAGCUGAAGAAACUUAACAAUAUUAUAUUAAAGCAUCUGAAUCAAUCCAGAAUUAAGGAAAAGCCUUCUGAUCUUCAUGAUUACCUCUUUACCCAUGCUGAGCUCAAAGUCCCUGGAGAAUAAAUCUUCUUUGGAAAGAAAUUUAGCAUAUUCAUAACUCAGAUAUGCUCACAUAUGGCACACAGGUUGCUGAAACAUGGUUGCUGAAACAUUGCUGGAAAAGCCAGCUGACUGAAAAAUAUUAGCAAUUAGUAUUUUACCCUGUUUUACGUGGACAUAGAUUUGUAAUACUAAGCCCACAGGAUUCACAAUAAACAAUGGAUUGUCAGUUUGGGGCAAGACUUCCAGAUUCCCUGUGCAUUGUAAAUCACAGGGGAAAGGGCCUCGUUUUAUUUUAAAUGUAAGUGAAUGAUCACAGAAAAUCACUAGUUCUAUUCACAUGAUUCCAUCACGACCUUGUUCACUUAAUCAUUCUUCUGUUACCUUUGUACAAGCUUUCUGUUUGUUUCUAUUACUAUUUGUAUUUAAGGAUAACUUCAGAUUUCAUAACUUAUAAAUAAAUCCAUUUCUGCUCUAGA